AUGUCUUCAUCCGAAAUCAUUGAAAACACUGCUUUGCUGCAGAAAUAUCAGUCCUUAGACCAGAGAGGUAAGAUCAUUGCCGAGUACAUCUGGAUUGAUGCCAGUGGAGGAAUCAGAUCCAAGGGUAGAACCUUGAGCAAGAAGCCUUCUUCCAUUGAUGACCUUCCAGAAUGGAACUUCGACGGUUCUUCCACUGGACAGGCUCCAGGUCACGACUCUGACGUCUACCUGAGACCAGUCUCCUACUACGCCGACCCUUUCAGAAGAGGUGACAACAUUGUUGUUCUGGCCGAGUGCUGGAACAACGAUGGUACUCCAAACAAGUUCAACCACAGACAUGAGUGUGCCAAGCUGAUGAAGGCCCACAAGGACCAGGAGGUUUGGUUCGGUCUGGAACAGGAGUACACCCUGCUCGACAAGUAUGACAAUGUCUACGCUUGGCCAAAGGGCGGUUUCCCAGCUCCUCAGGGUCCAUACUACUGUGGUGUUGGUACCGGUAAGGUCUACGCUAGAGACAUGAUUGAAGCUCAUUACAGAGCUUGUAUUCACGCCGGAAUUAACAUCUCCGGUAUCAAUGCUGAGGUCAUGCCUUCCCAGUGGGAGUUCCAGGUCGGUCCUUGCAAUGGUAUCGACAUGGGAGACCAGCUCUGGGUUGCCCGUUACCUGUUGCAGCGUGUUGCCGAGGAGUUCGGUAUCAAGAUCUCAUUCCAUCCUAAGCCACUGAAGGGUGACUGGAAUGGUGCUGGUUGCCAUACCAAUGUUUCGACUUCCGCCAUGAGAGUUCCAGGUGGUAUGAAAUACAUUGAGGCCGCUGUCGAGAAGCUGGCCAAGAGACAUUUGGAGCACAUUGCUCUAUAUGGUUCUGACAACGAACAGAGAUUGACUGGAAGACAUGAAACUGCUUCCAUGACUUCUUUCUCUUCCGGUGUCGCCAACAGAGGUGCUUCUAUCAGAAUUCCAAGAUCUGUUGCCAAGGAGGGAUACGGUUACUUUGAGGACCGUAGACCUGCUUCCAACAUUGAUCCAUACUUGGUCACUGGUAUCAUGGUUGAGACCAUCUGUGGUGCCAUCCCUGAUGCUGACAUGACCAAGGAGUACAAGAGAGAAUCUGAUUAA